UAUAGAGAAACCAUGCCAUUUUUGGGCCAAGACUGGAGAUCCCCUGGAUGGAGAUGGGUUAAAACAGAAGAUGGAUGGAAACGAUGUGAACUCUUUAGUCCUGCACUUGAGGAUGGGAGUAAUCAGCUGAACGAUAUCAGUCACGCCGUCAUCAUAACUGGUGAUGAAGAGGAUGAAGAAAUAUACAGUACUGAAGAUUGUGAGUUUGCAGCCAAGAAAAGGAAAAAAGAUCAUUUUAGGAAUAACACAGAUUCGCAAUGUUUUUAUCGUGAAAAGUGGAUUUAUGUUCAUAAAGAAAGCACCAGGGAAAGACAUGGCUAUUGCACUUUGGGAGAAGCUUUUAACCGCUUAGACUUUUCAAGUGCAAUUCAGGACAUCAGAAGGUUCAAUUAUGUGGUCAAACUUUUGCAGUUAAUUGCAAAAUCUCAGUUAACUUCACUGAGUGGUGCAGCACAGAAGAACUACUUUAACAUUUUGGACAAAAUUGUGCGGAAGGUCAUGGAAGACCAAUAUAAUCCACGAUUAAUCAAAGAUCUUCUACAGGAUCUGAGUUCUACUCUCCGUAUACUGAUUAGGGGAGUAGGAAAAUCUGUGUUGGUAGGGAACAUCAAUAUUUGGAUUUGCCGAUUAGAAACUAUUCUUCUGUGGCAACAACAACUGAAAAACCUUCAGAUGAACAAGCAAGUCAACAAUGGUCUUACGCUUAGCGAUCUCCCUGUCCAUAUGCUGAAUAACAUCUUAUACAGAUUCUCUGAUGGCUGGGACAUUAUUACUCUGGGUCAAGUGACCCCAACUUUAUACAUGCUCAGUGAAGACAGACAGUUGUGGAAAAAACUCUGCCAGUACCAUUUUGCAGAAAAGCAGUUUUGUAGGCAUUUGAUUCCAUCAGAGAAAGGUCACAUUGACUGGAAGCUGAUGUACUUUGCACUUCAGAAAUAUUACCCAAUAAAGGAACAGUAUGGGGAUACCUUGCACUUCUGUCGACACUGUAGUAUUCUGUUUUGGAAGGACUACCACCUUGCUUUGUUACUCAAGGAUACAGGACACCCCUGCACAGCCAGUGAUCCAAACACCUGUCUCAUGCCAGUAUCUCCUCAGCAUUUCAUUGAUCUUUUCAAAUUUUGAGAUGUUCAGUAGCUGUUCUCCUGUGUUUGUGGCCAUUUUUGUGAAGAGUCAGGCAGGAUAUGUUAUGCUUUUUGUGCAAUAUAUUUAAGUGUAAUGUUGUGUUUGUAUUUUAAAAAAAAUUAUAUGGGGGAGAUUAUCAGACAGGUUUAUUUGGCGUAUUGUUCUUGUGCGUAAAAGAGCUGAGGAGGAAACACAUUAAGAAAACUUCUUUGAAAUUAAAUCUGCAAUGAACUUCUUUUCAAGUCCAAGAAAGACCAUUUUCAUCUCAACUUCUAAUCCAUUCUUUUGAUGCCUUAAUAGUUGGUUAAAAUUGUGUGGAGGCAUUUUGAAAACUUUGUGGAAGUGUUAAGACUAGUCUUACAGGGACCAAAGAAGGGGUUUUUUGUUAAUCCUUCUUUCUUUAAGCCACUGUUUUGAAAACGCCUCCAUGUAAUUUGCACUAUUAGGAAGAAUAGGCCGAUAUUCUCUUCAACUCUUAAUAGAACAGUUACCAAGGUGGCAUUAAUCAUUGUGAGCUAGUGAAUAAAGUAAUAGCUGUGGUUGUAUCUGUUGUUGAACUGAUGAAUGAAGGAAAACAACCAAUCUUUGUACAUAAAUUAUGCAAAAAUAUUUAUUUUUCUUAAAGAAUUUAUUAAACACAAUAAUCUAUCUCAGUACAUCCUGUAUAACUCAAAGAGACAGAUCUGGGGCUACUGGAAAGUGAUGAUUUUUUUUUUUUUUUUUUUUUUUUUUUUUUUUUAUUUAUCCUGUUUGGUUUGUCUGCAAAUGCAACUGCAUUAAUUCAUCAAAGAGGAAGACACUAUUGAAAUUUAAUGACAGUGGAGUUACUUGUUUCUGGACUGGUACAGUGGCAGAGCAUUUUACUAACAACUGAGGUUCUAACCUGACAAGUCUUUAUAAGCUCUGGGAAAUGCUGAAAAUCAGUGUGAGCUGAAGCACCUUCUGCCAAGUUAAUCAGAUGAUGAAUUCUCCAGGAAGCUAUUUUCUUCUAUCCUGUAGAACACGAUUAAUUGCUUGGCUUAGGCAGAUAAAGGAAAAAUUAGGGAAAUUUUGGGUUUGUUAGUGAAAUUUAACAAAUAAUAUGUAAUGUACAGAAAAAAUAAAUCAUGUACUAUAUUCUGCACUUGUUCUGAAUCUACUUUUGUAUAGUGUAAUAAAUCAUGGUUUUAUCUA